AACACUAAUACAAAGGACAGACAUUUAUUAAUUUGUAUGAAACACAAUGGCUUCUAAUUUUGAGAGUUCAAUUAAAAAAGGAUCAGAUUUGUUCUUUGAUUUUCCUUGUUUUAUAUGUCAGGAAAAUGAGAUUAAUACAGAGGCAGAUUUCUAUUGCACGCAGUGUUCCAAGUGUUACUGUGGAAAAUGUGUUCAACAACAUAAUUAUCUUUUUAAAAAGCACACAACUUUGGGAAAAGAAAAGAUCAGCAGUUGGCCAGAUGUUAAGGUAGCUGUGGACAUAGAAGAGGAAUGCCAGGAGCACAAGGGUGAGAAACUGACAGCAUUCUGUGAGGACCACGGUACGUGAACUGAUGUGUCAUGUCUGCCAUAUCUACAGACACAAAAAUUGCAUCAAUUUGGUCCUUAUAACUGAUAAAGUGAAGGCCCUACGCCAGGAAGGACAGUUUCAUGAAUUGUCAGGAAUGAUGGAAACAUUACAUGGGCUUUUUACAGAGAAAAAAUAUGACUUUGAGGAAAGUAUACAACUCCUAGAGAAAUCCCACAGCAAAACGUGCGAAGAAAUAAAUGCUUUACAUAAGAAAAUCACUGAUCACUUAGAUCACCUGCAGGAAGAAACUAUCAAAGAGUUGGAUACAUUCCAAGCCACAUUUAAGUCAUCUUUCCACGAGGAUAUCACACAUUGCAGUGAAUCUGUCCAAACAAUCAAAAUUGCCAAAGAAGAUUGGCAGAAAAUGCAAGGCAAAAGUGAAAUCCUCCAUUUUGUUACAUACAUAAAAUGCCUUGACCAUACCAACAAAGCAGAUUCUAUUUUACAAGAAAAGGUAGUAGAGAAAGACAUAACAUUCACUUUCCAGCCCGAUACAACUAUUGACCAAAGAUUGUCCAAUAUGAUGGGCUUAGGAAAAAUACUCAGCGAUGUAAAGCAACCAACUAGGAGAAACAUUACAACAGAUGAACAACCCACACAAGCUGAACCUAAUGAAGAGAAUACUUCAUUGACUUCAUCCAAACAGCCUGACAAGGCACAUACAAUAAGUAAUAUGAAUAAUACAGACCAGAUGCUUCAUAUUCUAUCCAGUUCAUCAAAGAAUUCUGAUUUUAAGGCAAAUUUAACAAGUGAUGUGAAUGAUUCUGACCAGGUGCUUCAUAUUCUAUCCAGUUCAUCAAAGAAGCCUGGUAAGGCAAAUCUAACAAGUGAUGUGAAUGAUUCAGACCAGGUGCUUCAUAUUCUAUCCAGUUCAUCAAAGAAGCCUGGUAAGGCAAAUCUAACAAGUGAUGUGAAUGAUUCAGACCAGGUGCUUCAUAUUCUAUCCAGUUCAUCAAAGCAGCCUGAUAAGGCAAAUCUAACAAGUGAUGUGAAUGAUUCAGACCAGGUGCUUCAUAUUCUAUCCAGUUCAUCAAAGAAUUCUGAUUUUAAGACAAAUCUAACAAGUGAUGUGAAUGAUUCAGACGAGGUGCUUCAUCCUGAGAACAUUUUAUCAGAGAAGCCAAGCGCUGGAAACCAAUCAAGUGAUGUCAAGAAGUCAUCUCCAGUAUCCAGCUCAUACAGGUUGCCAGAUCAUAGAAAUGAAGUGAUUAAUGUGAAUAAGCCAGAACAACUGUUCAUUCCUAAAGCAGUCUUUAGAAUGAUAGCUAAGACUAAAUAUUCAGUAAUGGUUAAGAGUGACAGAGAAACAUGCACUAUAUCAGGGAUCUCAGAGACAGAUGCUGGAGAACUUGUUAUCAUAGACAACUUCAACAAUAAAGCAAAGCUGCUGGAUAAGACCUUCAAAGUGGUGGCCCACUGUUACUUGCCUGGUUCACCACUGUCAAUGUGCAGCAUCAACUCCAUUGCCUCCAGUCUGGUGGCUGUUGCCCUGGAAAGCAAAACGGUCCACUUCAUAAGAGUUACCAAUCGUCUGCUUAAGCGUUUGGUAAACGAAAGGACACUUGAGCUCAAACAUGCAUGCCAAGGUAUUGCACAUCACCUGGGCAGUCUGUACAUAACAUCUGGUACAGCACUGUACCACUACACUGUGGAUGGAACUCAAAUGAUGAAGAUGUAUGAAAAUACAUCUGAACAACGGUCAGUUACUUCCUGUGCAGUGAGUCCAAGUGGAGACAGGAUAUUUGUGACAAACGAGGUCAAUAACCAACUGGUCACACUGUCCAGGGAUGGCAAAGUGCUCUCAACCCUGACUGACCCUGCACUGAACUGGAGAGGUCAACUUGACUUACCUGGCCUCCAUGUGACUAACUCAGGAAAAGUUCUGGUUUGUGCAGGAUAUAACAGUGCAAUCAUUAAAUUGGAUACAGAUGGGAGACUGACAGAGGUGGUCACAGAUUGUUUGGACAAACCAAUGUCUGUCUACUACAGUAAAAUUUCUAGCACACUCAUUGUGGGAAUGUGUUACUGUGACAACAUAAUUGUUAUGAAAGACUAUUUACAACUUUAAUGAUUAUUUCCCUAUGAUCACGAGUGAAAUAACAAACAAUCUUACACUGACAUGAACACAUUUUCUGUUUCGUUUAUGCCCCUUUUUCAAGAAAAUAAUUAAUAGUUGUUUCCCUUUCGCUGAAAAGUUACCCCUUCUCCUUUGCCGUGCCUCAAUACAGUUCAAAACACAAAAUGACGUCAUUAGUGUGACGAAAUGACGUCAUUAUACCAUCAAAAUUCUCCAGUUAAAGUCUUUUAAAAUGUAAAUAAACGGUGAAAAAGCAUAAAAUAAAAAGAAAAUGUGUUGGAUUCGGUGGAAUGUUGAUUUUAAUUCACUCAUGAUCAUAGAAAAUAUAUACAUAAUUAUUUAUGAUGAUUUAAAAAUAGAAAAGGGAUCGAGUUCCGAAAAUUUGUUCUUUUCACCGGUGAAAAGAACAAUGUGUUUAUUUUCACUGCUGUUAUUUCACAGCAGAAAUGUCAUAUUUUAUCAUUAGGUAUAAAAGAAAAUAAUGUCAUAGCAAUUUUCUUAUUUAUAAAAAUGUCUGUUCAAUAUUAUACUAUAACUACAUAAUUUUAUUUAACUUAACAUUACUACUUUAAAAGAACAUGAUAACUAUAUGUUUCCCAUAUAUAAGUUCUUUUUUCAUAUAGUUAUAGUAUUUGCUUAAAACUCUUAAAAGCAAUCACGAAUACAUUUUUUUUUUACAGUGUGGAAACAGAAAUUCUUUGUGAAUGAUUCUAUUUAUUUUUUCAAACAGAAUAUGAUGAAAUAUCGAACAUAAAGUAAGGGGAAAAGAGUCAAAAUUUAAAUAAUAAUAUACACAAACAUUUGCUUAAUAUAGUCGUUUGUUUGUUAAUUUAAAGCGUUAGUUAUUAUUGUUAACUUUUCUAUGUCUGAUUCAUUUGGAGUUUGAUUAGCAUAUUGAUUGAAUUGUUGCUAUUGAAUCUAUUUGUUACCAUUAUGUCUUUUUAAAUUUGUACUUUCAACAUCUGUAUACCACACUGACCAUUAAUAUAAUGCAUUUCUUAUUUUUAAAGGUUGUUUAAAAAAAUUGUAUCAGCACAAAACAUAUUGAUUUAAAAAAUCUAUUGAUGCUGCAUUCAAAUAAAAUAACAAUAUAAUAAGCAUCCCCCCCAAAAAAAGAAAAGAGAUGUAGACAGCCUACAGGGGGAGUCUGGUUGGGAUGAUAAUUUAUUGCCUUUUUGCAAUUUUGCCAAUUAUUACAAUAAUAAAAUUAAUUUGUAUCAAUGCAUUAGUAAAAUAUGAACUAAAAUAAGUAUUGAAAUUAAAAGGUGAGAUUAUAAUACAUCUUAUUCAAGUAAAAUUAAUUAAAUAUUGAAUUUAUAUCAAUAUUUUAACACGUUUGGUUGUAAAUUGUCUAAUGUAUGUAAAUAUAUCAAAGAUGCUUUUGUUAUAACAAAUGCGAUCCUUAAUAAUAUGUUUAAUAAAUUUUAUUACUGUCUCGAUAAAACUUACGUGUUCUUGCAAUUAAUUGUGUUUAUUUGUAUUUUUAUUCUUAAAUGACUAUUGUAUGUCAAUUAAUGUUAUGUUGUUAUACCUAUUUAUGAGACAGAAAUUUAUGAGUAUAUUUGUUUGAAGUAAGUAUGAAGACGAUGUACUGUUGUCACAGAGUUACAAAUAUUAUUAUAUUAUUAUUUGAUUUUGAUUGUUGAUUGAGUACAUUAUAAAUUCAUACAAAACAAUAGUUACAGUUUCAAAGAUAUUGAAUUGAUUUCUGUGAAUAUGUUUGAAUAUAAUUUCUUUGUCUACUGAAUUGCAGUAGAAGGUUACUUGGAACCACAUGUUUAACUUGAUAUUGAUUACAUUGUGUUAGUUACAGUCUUGGAAGUCUUCUCAUGUUAAAUUCACACUCAAUAUGCAGACUGUAUGCUGACUGUAUGCUUAUCAGCUCUAGCUAUAAAUAAUGACUGUGACUAAAGAUUCUUAGACUAUGUGCUAAUUAAUUACAGUCUUAUAGAAGUAAGGAAGUAAGGUACUGUAUGUUGGAUGAGAGAUAGAUAUGAUUGGUCAGUGAGAUGUGUGGGUGUGACUUGGCAUUAAGGAUCUGUAUGAUCGAUGGAUGAAUGAGAGAUAGGAUUGGUCAGUGAGAUGUGUGGGUGUGACUUGGUUCUAGGGAUGAAAGGGUUUCAAUAUAGUGACAAGUUAGUUUAUGAAGGUAGGAAGUAGAGGUCAGUAAGAGAAAAGUUAGAAAGUCAGUUACAAGUUAGAGAGACAAUUGGAAAUAGGAGGAUGGAAUUUGUUAAAUAAAAUCUGAUAAGAAUUUAAUAGAGUUAAGAAGGAAUGCUUAAGAAUGUAAUAUAUGAAGAUGGAAUUUGUUGAAAAUUAUGUGAACUAUAAAUGAAUAAAAGAGUAAACGCAGAAA